AUGUCUUCUUCUCCUUCUUCUUCUUCUUCUUCUUCUUCUUCUUCUUCUUCUUCUUCUUCUUCUUCUCCUCCUCCUCCUCCUCCCCUCCUCUUCUUCUUCUUCUUCUCUUCCAUCUCCCCUUCUUCUUCUUCUUCUUCUUCCACCUUCUUCUUCUUCCACCUCUUCUUUAUCUUCCUCCUCUUCUUCUUCUUCAUCUUCUUCUUCAUCUUCUCCUCGAAGGCGUGGGCAAUCAUGUCUAUCCACUCUUUCCUAACUAAAGUUUCUCUUUUCACUAUCGAACCCAGUUCCUCUCCUAUAUUUCUCACCCUUGCCUCAGUUAUUCUCGUUCAUUCCUGUCUCAAUUGUACAGUAUGCUCAGCACGAUCACUCGUUGUGCGCAUGCGCUGCUAUUUGCUAGUUGGUCAAAUUUGUGAUCUAUCUAUCUAUCUAUCUAUCUAUCUAUCUAUAUAUCUAUCUAUCUAUCUAUAUAUAUAUAUAUAUAUAUAG